AACACGGGCAGACUUUGUGUCCGGCGGCAAAUGCUGCCUCGAUGCAGACCGCCAUCUUGGGCCUCUCGGGGCCGAGAGCCGCGCCUCCCCACAGGCGGCAGCACGGACCGCUGCUCUCCGUGCCCAGCGGUGCGGCAGGACAGCGGGCCCUAUCGCAGCAACACCCCGUCUGCAGUGACGGGCCGUGCCUGGCGGCAGGGACCGAUUGGGACAGCCGGGACAAGGGGCAGGGGGCAGGAGACCGGCGCGGUGCGGCGCAGGCCCGGCGGCCGCAGGAAGGGGAGGGAGGCGGUCGCAGCCAUCAUGCGUGCGCUGCCGGGGCUGGGGCGGCUGCUUGCGGCGCGGGGGUGGGGGUGGCCGCCGGGCCGCUACCUCAGCGCCAUGGCCCGCUACGGCACGGAGCAGCGGGGGAGGCCCAACUCUCCCGAUUACCGCCUCUACUUUAAGAAUGCAGAUGGUAAAUACAUUUCCCCGUUUCAUGAUAUUCCACUCUUUGCUGGAUCCAAAGAGGAUAAAGAGAUUCCAGCAAAGAGGUCAAAGACUACAGGAAAUGAGGUCCUGUUUAAUAUGGUUGUAGAAGUGCCUCGUUGGACAAAUGCAAAAAUGGAGAUUGCCACUGAGGAGCCAUUGAAUCCCAUUAAACAAGAUACAAAGAAAGGCAAGCCUCGAUAUGUGGCAAAUAUCUUUCCACACAAGGGUUAUAUAUGGAAUUAUGGUGCCCUCCCUCAGACCUGGGAAGAUCCAAACCAUACAGAUAACAAUACUGGAUGCUGUGGGGAUAAUGAUCCUGUUGAUGUUUGUGAGAUAGGUUCAAAGGUUCGCUCUUCUGGUGAAGUUGUUCAAGUGAAGGUCUUGGGUGCUUUAGCUCUUCUUGAUCAAGGAGAGACAGAUUGGAAGAUAAUUGCCAUUGGUGUGGAUGACCCGGAAGCCCAGAAAAUCCAUGAUAUUGAUGAUGUCAGGAAGCACAAACCAGGUUACCUUGAGGCUACGAUUGACUGGUUCCGGUGUUAUAAAGUCCCUGAUGGUAAACCAGAAAAUCAGUUCGCUUUUAAUGGAGAAUUUAAAGACAAGGAUUUUGCUUUUGAAGUUAUUAAAUCAACCCAUGAAUGCUGGAAAGCCUUGCUUCAUAAAAAAACGGAUGGAGGUACUGUUAAGUGCACAAAUGCUCUAGUGAGUGGCAGCCCUUUUUGUUGCAGUGAGGAGGAGGCUCGGUCAAUUGUGCAGUCGGCACCAGUGCCUGCGAGCGGAGAUUCUGUUUGCCCAGAAGUUGAUUCCUGGUACUUUUGUCCACGUGAUCAUUGAAGUGUUCUGAAGCCACAUCUUCAAAUCUUAAGUCAUCUCAUUUUUGAAGAGAGGCACUAAUGGUUGGAUUCCUGUUGAGAAAACUUUUCAAACUAUGUAAACCUUUGAUCAUGUAAAUAAAUUCUGACAUUGUGAAAUUAA